CUGGGGGAAAGUAUAUCGUUAGUAAGGCUGUCCUGUAGAUUCGCAAGCUCUCUUUUUCCUUCGACAGCAAGCGUGUAUGUUGUUGUGAUAAACAAAUUAUAAAUCGCAGCCAUGGUACGAAUGAAUGUUCUUAGCGAUGCUUUAAAAUCAAUUAACAAUGCAGAAAAGCGUGGUAAAAGACAAGUAUUACUACGUCCAUGUUCUAAAGUAAUUGUUAAAUUUUUGGGAGUAAUGAUGAAACAUGGAUACAUUGGUGAAUUUGAAAUUGUCGAUGAUCAUCGUAGUGGUAAGGUUGUUGUAAAUCUUACUGGAAGAUUAAAUAAAUGUGGAGUUAUAUCCCCAAGAUUCGAUGUACCAAUCAAUGACAUAGAAAAAUGGACUAAUAAUCUUUUACCAUCUAGACAGUUUGGAUAUGUCGUAUUAACAACCAGUGGCGGCAUUAUGGAUCAUGAAGAAGCUAGGAGGAAACAUUUAGGGGGAAAAAUUCUUGGAUUUUUCUUUUAAUUUUUGUUUAUUUAAGUAAAUAAAAUGUCUUUACAACAUUAA